UUGUUUUGGUUUUUUUAAGCGGGGGGAUGUUCCGCUGCUCUUUAUUUAUGCUUCGCUCCCUCCUUUUUCGUUAUUCUUUUGUAGCCUAGGCACGUUAAGCUACACAGAGAGCGAAUGAUUCCGUUACUAUCGUUAAAUUAAUUUCUGUAAUGCUAGUUAUUCCCAAGCCAGCAAACUAGUUUGAGGGUGUUGAGCGGUAAUGGAUUCGCGGGUAUCGGAGCUUUUCGGUGCGGGUUCCGCUUUUAAAACAACCUCUCAAGGAGCGGGGUCGGCUUCAAAUAACGCUGCUGUGGCGGCCACGAGAAAAACCUUGACCAAAAAUGGCAAAAAGGCAAAGAACCGGUCAGCCCGACAUCCUAAACCAAGCAAUAAUCCGCCUUAUCUACCUCCGGAGGUUGAAGAGGGGAACAUAGAGUACAAGCUGAAGCUGGUGAACCCCACACAGUAUCGCUUCGAGCACCUGGCCACACAGAUGAAAUGGAGGCUCCAGGAGGGCAGAGGAGAGGCUGUGUACCAGAUCGGGGUGGAAGACAACGGGCUGCUGGUUGGCUUGUCUGAAGCUGAUAUGAGAGCAUCGCUCAGAACUCUUCGUCGGAUGGCCGAGAAGGUCGGUGCUGACAUCACAGUCCUCAGAGAGAGGGAGGUGGAUUAUGAGUCUGAGGAGCCACGAAAAAUCGCAGAGGUCCUUGUAAGGAAAGUGCCAGAUGACCAGCAGUUCCUGGAUCUGCGGGUAGCAGUACUGGGUAACGUGGACUCGGGGAAGUCCACCCUGCUAGGUGUGCUUACGCAAGGGGAGCUGGAUAAUGGCAGGGGCAGAGCACGGCUCAACCUUUUCCGACACCUCCACGAGAUCCAGACAGGAAGAACCUCCAGUAUCAGCUUUGAAAUCCUGGGCUUCGAUAGCAAAGGAGAGGUGGUGAAUUACAGUGAUUCCCGGACAGCAGAGGAAAUCUGUGAGAGUGCCUCAAAAAUGAUCACCUUCAUCGACCUGGCCGGCCACCACAAAUAUCUGAAGACUACCAUCUUUGGCCUUACCAGCUAUUGCCCUGACUUUGCCAUGCUAGUAGUCAGCGCAAACACAGGCAUAGUGGGCACUACACGGGAGCACCUGGGUUUGGCCAUGGCUCUGAAGGUUCCCAUUUUCAUCGUGGUCAGCAAGGUGGACCUGUGCACCAAAGCUAUGGUGGAGCGCACCGUCCGACAGCUGGAACGCAUCCUCAAGCAGCCGGGCUGCAACAAGGUUCCCCUGGUGGUGUCCAGCACGGACGACGCUGUCACCGCUGCCCAGCAGUUUGCCCAGUCGCCCAGGUACCUCACAGCUCUUAAAACUACCUCAAAGCCUCCUGUCAACAACAAUAAACCCAGCAUCACACCGAUCUUCACGUUAUCCAGCGUAUCCGGGGAGAACCUGGACCUGCUAAAGGUUUUCUUCAACAUCCUGCCUCCCCUCAGCAAUAGCAAAGAGCAGGAGGAGCUCAUGCAGCAGCUCACCGAGUUCCAGGUUGAUGAGAUUUACACGGUGCCUGAUGUCGGGACAGUGGUUGGUGGAACUCUUUACAGUGGAAUCUGCCGGGAGGGUGAGCAGCUGGUGGUCGGCCCCACAGAUGACGGUCAGUUCCGGGAGCUGACAGUUUGUAGUAUCCAGAGAAACCGCUCUGCGUGCCGGGUGCUCAGAGCAGGACAGGCAGCUACUCUGGCACUGGGUGAUUUCGACCGCUCAUUAUUACGAAAGGGCAUGGUGAUGGUGAGCCCAGAGAUGAACCCCACGAUCUGUUGGCUGUUUGAGGCUGAGAUUGUCCUGCUCUUCCAUGCCAAAACUUUUCACAAGGGCUUCCAGGUGACUGUGCACGUGGGUAAUGUGAGACAGACUGCUACAGUGGAGGCUCUACAGGGGAAGGACGAGCUGCGCACUGGUGAGAAAGCAGUCGUACGAUUCAAGUUCAUCAAGCACCCAGAAUACCUCAAAGUGGGUGCCAAGCUGCUCUUCAGGCACGGCGUAACCAAAGGCAUCGGACAGGUCACCAAACUGCAGCCUUUGUCCCAAUAUCAGCACCACUCCUAGACUCAGUCUCUCUCUCUCAGCUCAGAGGACGCAGAAUACAGCAAUCCUCCAGUCACUGUCAGAUUCCUCUUUCCCACCUCCCUCCCCAAAACACUCUUCUUUUAAUCUUUUUUCUCCCCUUCACCAAAGCCUUGCCUCCACCAACCUCCAGCCUUUUAAAAAAAACUGUUUCAUUUGAAACAAUCGUCUGGUUUACAGGCUUUUUAUUUUGUAGUUUUGCAGUAGGGUCUGGAGAAGAGUUUCUCAUGUUUAAGUGUAAACACACUGGUUACCAUGUAGACACAUGUUUUGGUGUCUUUCUAAGUGAGAGUGAUCUAUGUUGGUGUUUCUUAAAUGAGAUGUCCAACUAGAGGUUAGUCCAAACCAGCAGUAAAGAUGUCCAGGCAGCUGGAACUAAAUCCUGGGGAGGAAUUUUACUUUCAGGGCCUGAAUUUACUGAAUCCAUCCCAGCAGUUAAUUUGACUAACAAUGAAGAAGAGUUAAGAAUUUUAUGCUAACUUGCGUUGUUAGCCCUGUUAGCAAAUGUUUGGUUCCCCUUUAGUGACUCCUGAUGAACCGCUCAUGCAAAAUACUACAGCAAAUAAGGGCGAGUGAGAUUCUGAACAUUUGUUAAAAGGCAUUAAUUAGGAAAUUUGCGCCCAGCAGAUGACUUGACGAUCUUGAGAUGUAUCACAUUAUGACGAAACAAAUAGACAAGAAUGGCAAGACGUUCCUCCAAAUGAAUGUUUACAAGUUAACAAGACAGAAGUGUAACGUGUUGAGCCUUUCCACGGCAGCUACAGUGGUGGCAGAUUCGUCAUCAUGCAUCAACCAACUCUGUCAAACUAAAUGGUAGCACUGUUAGCCUAAACCCUGAACCUAACAGCAGUCUCUGUGUUAAAUGUCUAGCUGACAGCUUGGAAAUGUCUUCUGUGAUUUCUAAAGAGGCACUGUAAUAUUGUGGCAGCCUUAGAAUGUUUAAGCUAAUCUUUAUUUGGCAUGUGUAUUGGGUGAUCAAUGAAACCAGAGACUAAUUUCUGUGGUAAUUAAAAGUUUUGAAAACUUAGAUGCAUUUAUUAUGGAUGCAUUUGGGCAGCUGCUUCAGUUCCUGCCUAUUGACUUCUAUUAUAGGUCUCAAGAGAAUGGAUUUUCUCUUGUUUUCCUAAGUGCAGCCAAACCUGACGAAGUUAUUGUGGUAAUCGAAAGCUAAAUGCACAUGGUAGAUGGAUAUUAGGUUAAAUUUCGAAGGGGAAUUCCACUGAUUUAAAAAAAAAAAAAGUAUAAAGGUAAACACACUCACUCAGAGGGGUUU